AUGUCUUCGCUCACACUCCCUACGCUCACAAUCGGAUCCGGCCACCACUUGAUGCCGGUUCUUGGUCUAGGAACCGCCGCAUCUCGGCCGCCGAAACCGGUGGUGCUGAAACAGGCAGUGAUUGAGGCGAUCAAGCUCGGUUAUCGCCACUUCGACACGUCUCCGAGGUACCAGACGGAGGAGCCACUCGGCGAAGCUUUGUCGGAAGCGGUUUCUCUCGGCUUGGUACGGUCUAGAUCCGAACUCUUUGUCACCUCCAAGCUCUGGUGCGCCGAUGCUCACGCUGGCCUUGUUGUACCGGCGAUCCAACGGAGUUUGAAAAAUCUUAAAGUGGACUAUCUUGAUCUCUACGUGAUACAUUGGCCGGUUAGCUCGAAACCUGGUAAAUACAAGUUUCCCAUUGAAAAAGAUGAUUUUCUGCCAAUGGAUUAUGAAGCAGUUUGGUCUGAAAUGGAGGAGUGCCAGAGACUCGGCCUUGCAAAAUGUAUCGGAGUGAGCAACUUCUCGUGCAAGAAGCUCCAACACAUCCUCUCUAUCGCCAAGAUCCCACCAAGUGUUAAUCAAGUGGAAAUGAGUCCAGUAUGGCAACAGAGAAAGCUAAGGGACCUUUGUAAGUCGAAUGGCAUUGCCAUUACCGCUUAUUCGGUGUUAGGAUCGAGAGGGGCCUUUUGGGGAACUGACAAAAUCAUGGAGUCUGAUGUUCUUAAAGAAAUAGCUGAGGCCAAAGGGAAAACAGUGGCACAGGUGAGUAUGAGAUGGGCGUACGAGCAAGGAGUGAGCAUGGUAGUGAAAAGCUUUACCAAAGAGAGACUAGAAGAGAAUCUGAAGAUAUUUGAUUGGUCUUUGACAGAGGAAGAGGCACAGAGAAUCUCGACAGAGAUUCCUCAAUGCAGGAACUGUGCCGGAGAGGUUUAUAUCUCUGACAAAGGUCCCAUAAAAUCUGUUGCCGAAAUGUGGGACGGUGAAAUCUGA